AUGAGAGAUGGCAGCAUCCACAAGGGAACAGAUAUCGUGUGCGGUGAUGACGGCAUCGUCAAUGCUCCUUUUUCUGGAAACCUGGCCGGUCCUGUUGAGAGAGCAGUGGGAGACUCUCUUCAAUACGAUGGCGUCAAACUCUACAACAAAGUGCAUUGUGUGAAGAUCUUCAACGUCCGGGGCUCUGUAGUUCAGGGAGAGGCCAUGGGUUACCUGUUACCUCUGCAGGAGCGUUUUCCUGGCAUCACCUCACACCUGGAGCUUCAGAUGUGUGACGGCUCUGAUCCCUCGCCCUUCAUAUGA